AUGAUCUCGCAGUUCUUCGUGCUGUCGCAGCGCGGCGACCACAUCGUCUUCCGCGACUAUCGCGGCGAGGUGCCCAAGGGCAGCGCGGAGAUCUUCUUCCGGAAGGUCAAGUUCUGGAACGAGGACGAGGCCGAGGAGGCGCCUCCAGUGUUCAAUAUCGAUGGGGUUAAUUAUGUCCAUGUCAAAGUCGCGGGAUUAUUUUUUGUGGUAACCACAAUGGUCAAUAUCUCGCCGUCGCUUCUCUUGGAACUUCUGCAAAGGAUCGCACGUGUUACCAAAGACUAUCUCGGUGUUCUAAAUGAAGAUUCCCUGAGGAAGAAUUUCAUUUUAGUGUACGAGUUGCUUGAUGAAGUUAUCGACUUCGGAUACCCACAAACAACUUCUACCGAGGCUCUGAAGUCGUACAUAUUUAAUGAGCCAAUCAUGGUUGAUGCUGGACGGUUGCCACCACUUGGUCCUGCUGCUAUGUUCAUGCAAGGCACAAAGCGGAUGCCGGGUACAGCUGUGACAAAAUCAGUUGUUGCUAAUGAGCCAGGUGGGAAAAAGAGGGAGGAAAUUUUUGUUGAUAUCAUUGAGAAAAUAAGUGUGACAUUCAGCUCUAGUGGUUAUAUACUUACCUCUGAGAUUGAUGGAACCAUCCAAAUGAAAAGUUACCUUAGUGGAAAUCCAGAAAUCCGCCUAGCUCUGAAUGAGGAUUUAGGCAUUGGAAAGAAUAGCUCUUCUACACAUGAUUACAGAAGUUCUUCUGGAGGAGGAUCAGUUGUUCUUGAUGAUUGUAACUUCCAUGAGUCAGUGCAGCUUGACAGUUUUGACAUUGACAGAACUCUGCAUUUAAUACCACCUGAUGGAGAAUUUCCAGUGAUGAACUACCGGAUGACUCAAGAAUUUAAGCCGCCCUUCCGUGUCACCGCACUAAUUGAAGAAGCUGGUCCAUCUCGGGCUGAAGUUCUAUUGAAAAUACGGGCAGACUUUCCUGCGAAUGUGACUGCCAACACAAUCACAGUACAAAUGCCAGUGCCCUCUUACACAAUGAGGGCAAGUUUUGAACUGGAAGCUGGAGCAGUUGGACAGACAACGGAUUUUAAAGAAGGAACUAGGAGACUGGAGUGGAAUCUAAAGAAGAUUGUUGGCGGUUCUGAGCAUACCCUUCGUGCAAAACUCACAUUUUCCCAGGAGUCACAUGGAAAUCUCACAAAGGAAGCCGGGCCAGUAAACAUGAAUUUCACUAUACCUAUGUACAAUGCUUCAAAGUUGCAGGUCAGAUAUCUUCAGAUAGCGAAGAAAUCCAAAACAUACAAUCCAUACAGGUGGGUGAGAUAUGUGACGCAGGCCAACUCGUAUGUAGCUCGUCUAUGA